AUGCCAAGUUUUUUGAAAGAGUUGUGCACAAAUAAGCAUAAGUUGAGGGGUAAUGAAAAAGUUAGUGUGGGGGAUAAUGUUUCUGUAGUUCUUCAAAAGAUGCUUCCCCCAAAGUGUAAAGAUCCUGAUACUUUUACUAUCCCUUGCACUAUUGGUAAUAAAAGAAUUGAGCGUUGUAUGUUGGAUUUGGGAGCCUCUAUAAAUGUCAUACCAUUCUCCAUUUAUACUUCAUUGAAUCUCGGUCCACUUGAAGAAACAUGGGUGAUUAUUCAACUUGAUGAUAAGUCAAAUGCUUAUCCUAGGGGUGUAAUAGAAGAUGUUUUAGUUCAAGUGAAUGAAUUGGUGUUUCCAGCUGAUUUUUAUGUUGUUGAUAUGGAAGAUGAAUCUAUUCCAUGCUCCACUCUAAUUUUGUUGGGAAGACCAUUCAUGAAAACUACAAGAACUAAGCUUGAUGUGCAUCACGGUACAUUGACCAUGGAAUUUGAUGGGGAGACAAUUCGAUUCAAUAUUUUUGAGGCUAUGAGGUAUCCAAAUGAUGUACACGUUGUUUUCUUUCUUGAUGUGUUGGAUAUCCUUUCUCAACAAGUCUUAGAUUUGCAUAAUGAAGAUUGUUUGGAGGUUGCGUUGAGAGAGCAUCUUGUGUUGACCGAUGAAGAUUUUUCUGAUGAGAUCAUGGAUGUCAUAACCACACUCAAUAGUGGUUUUAACAAGACUUUUAAGAAGUCAUCAAUUGUUCAAGCUCCUACACUUGAAUUGAAGCCACUUCCGGAGCAUCUCAGAUAUGUUUACUUGGGGAAUAAUGAGACACUUCCAGUUAUAAUUGCAAGAAAUCUUAACCAAGUUCAAGAAGAAAAAUGA